GGAAGACUCUUUUUCGUUGUCGUGAACUAUUUUAAUACUUGAUAAAGUACGAGUACCGUACCCUACUACUUACUCCUACUCCUACUCCUACUCCUACUCUUUUCUGAGUGCACGUUUCAGAAUGAAUUCAUUUUCUCUUUCUGAACUCAUUCGAUCAGCCAUUACGUAUCCAAAGAGAAUGAGAAAGCUUUUCCAGGAGGCGGAAUUCCAAGCCGCACGAGACAACAAAAUCCAGGCAGUUCUUCCGAAUCUUCCAGGUGAGUAUCCCCUGGUACUCGGCACGAUUCGAUUCUUGGAUUGCAGCAACAAACUGACAUCUGGAUUCUUUUGCCGUGCCCAAGUCUUUCGCAAUAACUUUCUCACGUGCAACACAGCAGAAGGAAUUCCAUGGACACCUCCCGAAAAUAACGACGACAUCGACCAGCGGAUUAGCGUGGGUCAAGGCACGGAAAACGAUGGAGAAGACAAUGCGCAACCGAGCAACAAUAGCAACAGACAGAUCACGAACUCCAAUAGGGUGAGCGAGCAUCAGAAUCCGCAUUGGCUCACGACCUGCUCUCCCGUGAGCCUGGGAUCCACCUUAGCGAUAGGGAUUCCGGCAGUGAUCCAAGUUUUCACCUGGGUAAUGGUGGCCUCGUGUCUGUGCUAUUUUCCUUCCACGAUUUGUGACCACUUUUCUCGGGCUUUGGCCCCAACCAAUUGCUGUACCUGUCCGCUCUACGUUGUCUUUCGGGUACUGUUUUACACAUUUUGGUUUUGGGACUGGGUCACUUUGAUGGUGAGCGAGAUGGUCACGGCAAUCUGGGUCCUGAUAGCUUCUAUUGUAGGCUUUUGUACGGGCGGCACCCUGGGGGCCCGCUCUUUGCGCCAAAAUAUCCGCCUAAUGUGCGAUCGAACACGGCUUUUAUUCCGCGAAAGAAAGAAAAGCCCUCUCGAACUCUUUUGUGGCUCUGGUACCCCGAGCUCGAACGAGCUAUCCGGCGGCAAUCCCGGGGAUACGAACGAUCAUCGCGCCAGUUCGGAGCGUCGAGUACAGCGAGGAGAACAAAGACAUGGAGAGCCCGUUGGUUCGUGCAACCUCCCUUGUUGUGCAGCAAGGAAUCUGCGACACCGAGCAACGAUGGGAUAUUCUUGUUCUAAAAGCUCUGUAUACACUUUAUAAACACAUAAAAUUCAUUUCUUUGGCAGUUCUGGGCCAACCAUUGAUAAAAUUAUUUCCGGUCG